CGCGGAACCCGGGCAGCGGCGGCCGCGGCAGGAAAUCGGGGCUGGGCCCCGCCGGCGCCGGCGCGCGAUUCCAUCCCAAUCCCCGUCCCUGCCGAGCGAUCCUAGGGCCGGACCAUGGACUCAACAGAGCCGGGGCUACCCUCAGCUCCUGAGAGCAGGAAGAGGUACAGUGAUAUCUUCCGGAGCCUGGACAACCUCGAGAUCUCACUCGGGAACGUGACCCUUGAGAUGCUGGCUGGAGACCCUGUGCUUUCAGGAGACCCAGAACCUGACAAGACCCCCACAGCCACUUUGAUGAGUGAAACCAACCGUUGGAGUGGUCCCUCCCCAGAGGAUCCUGCACCCCUUACAGGGGAGGAACUGGACUUGCGGCUCAUUCGGACCAAGGGGGGUGUGGAUGCAGCCCUGGAGUAUGCUAAGACCUGGAGCCGCUACGCCAAGGAGCUGCUGGCCUGGACUGAGAAGAGAGCCAGCCAUGAGCUGGAGUUUGCCAAAAACAUCAUGAAGAUUGCUGAGGCUGGAAAGGUGUCCAUCCACCAGCAGACGGCCUCUCCCCACCCUCAGAGCCACAUGCCACUGCAGUACAUCUACACCCUGUUUCUGGAGCACGACCUCAGCCUGGGAGCCCUGGCCAUGGAGACAGUGGCCCAGCAGAAAAGAGACUACUACCAGCCCCUGGCUGCCAAACGGACUGAGAUUGAGAAGUGGCGGAAGGAGUUUAAAGAGCAGUGGAUGAAAGAACAGAAGCGGAUGAACGAGGCGGUGCAGGCACUGCGGCGGGCCCAGCUCCAGUAUGUGCAGCGCAGCGAGGACCUCCGGGUGCGCUCCCAGGCGUCCCCCGAAGACCCGGCCCCCCAGGCCCAGCCGGGACCCAACAAGCAGCAGGAGCGGCGGCGGCGCUCGCGAGAGGAGGCCCAGGCCAAGGCGCAGGAGGCCGAGGCGCUGUACCAGGCCUGCGUCCGCGAGGCCAAUGUGCGGCAGCAGGACCUGGAGGCCGCCAAGCAGCGGAUCGUAUCACACGUGCGCAAACUGGUGCUGCAGGGGGACGAAGUGCUGAGGCGGGUGACCCUGGGAUUGUUCGGGCUGCGAGGGGCUCAGGCAGAACGCGGCCCCCGCGCCUUCGCCGCCCUGGCCGAGUGCUGCGCGCCCUUUGAGCCGGGCCAGCGAUACCAGGAGUUCGUGAGGGCGCUGCGGCCCGACGCCCCGCCGCCCCCGCCACCAGCCUUCUCUUUCCAGGAGUUCACGCACAGUUCCCCUCUGGACACAAGAAAGAAGCUCUCUGGAGCCCCACCUCCACUGCUGGAUGAGAGUGCAGCUGAGCCAGGCCCUUGGGAGGACACUGGCACAGGCUGGCAGGGAACUCUGGGCCCCACUCUGGCCAGUGAUGUGGACAGCAUGGGUGGUGGCAGCGAGUCUCGGUCCCAGGACUCUCCCACUUCCAGCCCAGGCUCUGGCACGAGGCGGCUGGUGAAGGUCUCAUCCACAGGCACCGAAUCUUCAGAUGACUUUGAGGAGCGAGACCCUGACCUGGGAGAUGGGCUGGAGAACGGGCCAGGCACCCCGUUCAAGAAGUGGACACUGUCCAAUGCGGCCCAGACCCACCGGCUGCGGCGGCUGCGGGGCCCAGCCAAGUGCCGAGAGUGCGAGGCUUUCAUGGUCAGCGGAACCGAGUGCGAGGAGUGCUUUCUGACCUGCCACAAGCGCUGCCUCGAGACUCUACUGAUCCUUUGCGGACAUAAGCGGCUCCCAGCCCGGACCCCCCUCUUUGGGGUCAACUUCCUGCAAUUGCCCAGGGACUUCCCGGAGGAGGUGCCCCUUGUGAUCACCAGGUGCACCACCGAGAUAGAACAGCGCGCCCUGAGUGUGCAGGGCAUUUAUAGGGUCAGCGGGUCCCGGGUCCGCGUGGAACGGCUGUGCCAGGCUUUUGAGAACGGCCGAGCAUUGGUUGACCUGUCAGGGAACUCGCCUCACGAUGUCUCGAGUGUUCUCAAGCGAUUCCUCCAGGAGCUCACUGACCCCGUGGUCCCCUUCCACCUCUACGACGCCUUCAUCUCUCUGGCUAAGACCCUGCAUGCAGACCCUGGGCACGACCCUGGGACCCCCAGCCCCAGCCCUGAGGUUAUCCGCUCGCUGAAGACCCUCUUGGUGCAGCUGCCUGACUCUAACUACAACACCCUGCGGCACCUGGUGGCCCAUCUAUUCAGGGUGGCUGCACAGUAUGAGGAGAACAAGAUGUCUGCCAACAACCUGGGCAUUGUGUUUGGGCCGACACUGUUGCGGCUGCCGGACGGUCCAGGGGUAGCCAGCGCCGGCCCUGUCACCUGCCUGCUAGACUCCGUGCACCAGGCCCAGCUCAUCGAGUUCCUCAUUGUACACUAUGAGCAGAUCUUCGGGAUUGAUGACCUCCUCCUGGCCACUGAGCCCCUGCCCCGAGACCCCAGCCCACCCCCUACGACCCUCCCAACCAGCCCCCAGCCACCACACUCACAACCUGCCCUGGACGCCCUGCCCAUAUUCCUAGCCUCGGACCCCAACCCAGACACCAUGCCCCUUAGUGCCCUGGAGAAGCAUCCCGAGACCACGCCCACAGAGAUUCCAACUCUCCAGAGGGACCAGGAAGAGGAAGUAACCAAAGACACCAAAAAUGAGGGAGAGGAAGUGUCCAGCCAAGGCCCUGAGGACUCACCCCUGGGGACACAGUCCCGUGGCCACUUCAGCCGCCAGCCAGUGAAGUAUCCCCGGGGGGGUGUACGGCCUGUCACCCACCAGCUGUCCUGCUUGGCCCUGGUGGCUUCCAAAUUGUGCGAGGAGACCCCUGUCACAUCAGUGCCCCAAGGGAGCUUGCGGAGGCCAAGACCUGGCCCUGCCGCCACCUCCCGUGAGGGCAGCCCUCUGCGCCGCACCCCACUGCCCAAGCAUUUUGAGAUCACGCAGGAGACGGCCCGGCUACUCUCCAAGCUGCACAACGAGUCUGUGCCCAAGGCCACCUGCUGCCCAGGCACCCAGCCUGAGGAAGCUGAGGACCAUUUCUGACUAUCCCAGCACUCUGACCAAGAAGCCCAGGACUGAGAAGAUGGGCCCAACAUCCCAGGAGUUCAAUGUUGGGGCGUCUGGAGAGUUCCUAUGGUGAAAGACUACAUGGCCUAGGGGAGAACUAAAACCCCUUCAGCAGCAAUGUACCAGGAUCCCCCCCACCACUAGACACAGGUCAAUGUCAAGUGACAGGGCCACUCAGGUUCAGAAGUCACUCAGGGUCAAUACAGAUCAUGGGAUCCUUGAGGUCCACCCUAGUCUCUGACCGGUGGGAUAGGGGUGCUUUUUGCUACUUUGGUUGUUGCCACUCCCCCAUCUCUGUCUGCCUCCUUAGCUGAUCCCAAGUGACCAGAUAUAUUGGAGGGUGUGGGCAACCCAGACUCAACAUCCUGCCUGGGGUCUGGUGGCCUCUGAAUAAACUGUGUCCUUUAUA